GAAUUUGAUUUCUUAUUUCUGCAGCAAUUUGUCUUGAAAGUAACCCAUUGAGAUUCUGAAGCGGAAGCAACGAGCAAGAAGAAUAGCAUACGGCGGGAAAAAAAGAAGAAGAAAAGCAGAGGAGGAAAAAGAAGAACAAGAAGCCACAGAAACAUUCCCCCUCAAGAUCUCUCUCUCUCUCUCUCUUUCUGUGCAAUCGUAUAUAAGGUAAUAUAAAGAAUACAGAAAGAAAGUCCCAGAACAGGAAAUGGGAAAGAAUGUCUCUCUGUUCUUUCCCAGGGGGUGUUGAGUGAGAAAAGAGAGCUUCUUUGUUGAAAAUUUCAACACCCAUUGUGGAGAUCUCCCAAGCCCGGCCAACUCUCUCAUGGGUAAAAGAGUUUCUGUUUAAUCAACACAUCAUAGACCAAAUUCUGAGACUCAGCUGGUGUUUAAGUACCUCAGAAAGUCACUAUAGCAGAAUGAUGUCUGGUGCAUAUGGACAGGGCUUCAUGUGAUCGAAUCAAUAGCUGAUGUGACGCUGCAAUGACACAGCCUUUCUUUACAGACAUGUUGCACCUGCCUGUAGAUGCAGAGGGUCUUAUGGGAUAAGACGCAGCAAUUCUUGCUUGGUUGACCAUUUGAUGUGAACUAACACAUCAACUUGUUGCUUGGUCAACCAGUUAUCUGAUCUAUGACGAGCAGAGCUGAAGGAGAUAUGGAGAGUGGUGAAGGUGUUAGCAAUUUGAGGAGCAGUGUGUUCAAGGAUUGGUGCGGCCAAUUUCUUAGCUGCAACCCUUGGAUGGCCAGAUAUGUUUAUGGCCUUAUGUUUCUGGCUGCAAAUUUGCUGGCUUGGGCUGCUCGGGAUUAUGGACAUGGCCCCCUGACAGAAUUAGAACGAUUUAAAGGCUGUCAUGGAGCGAAAUAUUGUUUUGGUACAGAAGGGGUUCUGCGUGUGAGCUUGGGAUGCUUUACAUUUUUCAUCAUAAUGUUCCUCUCAACCAUGGGCACUAAGAAGCUGCAUGUGGCUAGAGAUCUGUGGCACUCUGGAUGGUGGUCUAUCAAGAUUAUUCUCUUGAUUUCCUUGACAGCUAUCCCCUUUCUCAUCCCUUCAUCUUUCAUCCUGCUUUAUGGGGAGAUUGCACAUUUUGGUGCUGGGGUCUUUCUCCUUAUUCAGCUUAUAAGUGUGAUCAGUUUCAUAAAUUGGCUAAACGAUUGCUGUGAGUCGGAUAAAUACUCAGAAAAAUGUCACAUUCAUGUAAUGCUACUGGCAAUGACCGCUUAUCUUGUAUGCAUUGUGGGGAUCAUUUUAAUGUACAUUUGGUAUGUACCAGAGCCAUCUUGCCUCCUCAACAUCUUUUUCAUCACUUGGACUCUAGUGCUCCUGCAACUGAUGACCAGUGUCUCUCUUCACCCAAAAGUAAAUGGUGGUUUCUUGACGCCAGGGCUCAUGGGACUCUAUAUUGUAUUCAUUUGCUGGUGUGCAAUCCGAAGUGAACCAGCAGGGGACCGUUGCAACAGAAAAGCUGAAGCUUCCAACCAUACAGACUGGCUUACAAUCAUUAGCUUCGUCAUUGCGCUACUUGCAAUGGUGAUUGCAACCUUUUCAACAGGCAUUGAUUCUCAAUGUUUUCAGUUUAGAAAAAAUGACUCGAAGAGUGAAGAUGAUGUUCCAUAUGGCUACGGCUUCUUCCAUCUCGUUUUUGCCACGGGAGCCAUGUACUUUGCUAUGCUGCUGAUUGGUUGGAAUACUCAUCAUCCCAUGAAAAAGUGGACUAUUGAUGUGGGUUGGACAAGCACUUGGGUUAGGGUUGUGAACGAAUGGCUAGCGGUUUGUGUUUACUUGUGGAUGCUUGUGGCUCCAAUACUAUGGAAAUGCAGAGAAUUUGGUGGAAUUCUAUGAGAAGUUUGGAAUGUCUCGGAAUUCUUUGGCUAGUGUUGGUUUGAUUCAAUUACUGUCCAUGUGACACAAGUUCCAAGUUGCAACUAGCACAGGGAGCUGUCCUCGAAGGCUCAACUCAACCAGAAAACCAACCGUGACCGGAGACUGGAACUUGAUCCAUUUGUGGGGCAAAGUCUAUCUGCAGUGGAAAAAAAGCAGAAAGUAGAAAAUAGAUAAUGGAAGGUUGUGGUUGACCAGGCAAUGCAUUUUGCCCCUGUAGAUAUACUCACAUAGGGAUGAAUUUGGUUUUGUACCAUACGAGAGAUUGACAUGCCAAAGGGUUUUGUGGUGUAAAAGUUUUAGCUGAUUUCAGUGCAAAGAGCAUUUGUUUAGCUGAGGAUGGAGUUCAUUACUACUGUCUCAGUGGAAAGAUGCAACAUUAAUCC